GAUGCUCAUUUCACUCCUGCUUUGUCUAGUUUUCUUCACGCGGAUUGACGCGCUAACAAAACCGAAUGUCCUCAUAAUACUGGUCGAUGACAUGGGAUAUGGAGAUCUCGGCUGCUAUGGAAACAAAUCCUUACAGACUCCGAAUAUUGACCAGCUUGCUAGCGAGGGGUUAAAGUUCACACACAUGUACUCAAGCCCCACCUGCACACCGAGCAGAGCUGCGCUAAUGACCGGUCGUCUCCCGAUACGCAGGGAAUGCUUCGAGGAAGACUUAUUCCAUUCUCUGUAUUGUUCAGUCCUGCACAAAUUGGCGGUCUUGACCCGGAAGAGAUCACUUUGGCUGAGGUAUUCAAGGAACACGGCUACGCGACUGCUCUCAUUGGAAAAUGGCAUCUUGGAAUAGGCAGUGGAGGAAAGUAUUUACCAACAAACCAUGGGUUUGACUAUUUUUACGGGUUACCGAUGACCCAUUUCGAUGCUUGUGGACAAACAGACAAUGAUUUGCACGUAGUGUAUCGACUACUUCCACAUUACAUCACAAG